GCAGCGGCGGUGGCGGAGGGCCGGUGCGGCACGCGCGUGGUGGCAUACGCCGACGCCCAGCAGCUGCCGUACCUGCAGGCCUGCGUCAAGGAGGCGUUGCGCAUCCACAGCCCCGUCGCCAUCGGCCUGCCGCGUGUUGCCCCCGCCCCCGGUGGGCUCGAGAUCGGCGGCCGCUACUUUCCGCCCGGCACCGUCAUCUCCGUCAACCCCUGGGUCAUUCACAUGUCGACCGAGAUCUGGGGCCCCGACGCGCGUGAGUUCAACCCCGACCGCUGGCUGCGAGACGAUGCGGCCCGCCUCGAUAGGUAUAUCUUGACUUUCGGCGCCGGAUACGAGUCGUGUCCUGGACAUUAUAUCGCCAAGAUGGAGUUGUCUAAACUCACGGCCACCAUCAUCCGUGACUACAAUAUUCGUCAGGUCACCCCAGGUCAAGAAUGGAGCUACAAGGCUGCCUUUGUGGCCGUGCCUCACUCCUGGCCGGUGUACGUUGAGAAGAGGCAACCAUGAGCGUGUUUCAUUCUAGACAGAUAGUAAAUGCAACCACCACACACCACGG